CCUUAGCUUCACUUCUUUCAAAGAACCACAGUUCCCUGCUCUGAAGUUAUCGGGGGAAAAAAUGGCAGCAGAAAUGGCUUUACUAAAACCAAUUACCAAGUUCAACACCUUUAACACCACCACUACUCCACGGCUGAGCAACCGCAGACUGCCGUUCACAGUGAGAAUGUCAGCCACCACAACUCCACCAACUUCAAAACCAACCAAGAAAGCUCAGAAACAAGGAAUUAAAGAGUCCCUUUUGACACCAAGAUUUUACACAACUGAUUUUGAUGAAAUGGAAACACUUUUCAACACUGAAAUCAACAAGAACUUGAAUGAAGCUGAGUUUGAGGCUCUCUUGCAGGAAUUCAAGACUGAUUAUAAUCAGACUCACUUUGUUAGGAACAAGGAGUUUAAAGAAGCUGCUGAUAAAAUUCAGGGACCUCUUAGGCAAAUCUUUGUUGAAUUCUUGGAGAGGUCUUGCACUGCUGAGUUCUCUGGUUUUCUUCUCUACAAGGAGCUUGGAAGGAGGCUCAAGAAAACUAAUCCCGUCGUUGCAGAGAUUUUCUCCCUCAUGUCCAGGGAUGAAGCUCGCCAUGCUGGGUUUUUGAACAAGGGGUUAUCUGAUUUCAAUUUGGCAUUGGACUUGGGUUUUUUGACAAAAGCAAGAAAAUACACUUUCUUCAAGCCAAAGUUCAUCUUCUAUGCAACUUACUUGUCUGAGAAAAUUGGAUACUGGAGGUACAUUACCAUAUACAGGCAUCUCAAGGCCAAUCCUGAGUACACAUGUUAUCCAAUCUUCAAAUACUUUGAGAACUGGUGCCAGGAUGAGAACCGCCACGGUGAUUUCUUCUCUGCUUUGAUGAAAGCACAGCCUCAGUUCCUCAAUGACUGGAAGGCAAAGUUGUGGUCUCGCUUCUUCUGCCUUUCGGUUUAUGUCACAAUGUACUUGAAUGACUGCCAAAGAACAGAUUUCUAUGAAGGCAUUGGGCUUGACACCAAAGAAUUUGACAUGCAUGUCAUCAUUGAGACAAACCGAACAACAGCAAGGAUUUUCCCUGCUGUUCUUGACGUUGAGAACCCAGAAUUCAAGAGGAAGUUGGACAGGAUGGUGGAGAUUAACCAAAAACUACUUGCUGUUGGGGAGACUGAUGACAUUCCACUUGUGAAGAAUUUCAAGAGGAUCCCUCUGAUUGCAGCUCUGGCUUCUGAGUUAUUGGCCGCAUAUCUCAUGAAACCCAUUGAGUCAGGUUCAGUUGAUUUUGCAGAGUUUGAACCACAACUCGUCUACUAAUUUCCUUUUCCCUCGUGACCUUGUGAAAAAACAGAGAUCAGUUCUUUUCACAUAGAGGUGCAUGUUCAUUGUUGUAAGUUAUAUAGCGUAUUCAAGAAACACUCUCCUGCGUAGAGGACACCCCCUUGUAUUAUCUUGAUAACCUAGAAUGAAUUUCUUGUGAGUACAUCAUUAUGUUUUCAUCU